AUGCGUCGCGUCAGCCGCAGCUGUGGUAUCCUGGGCAGCGUGGGUGUCGGUGGCCUGGGCUGGGGGGACACAGCGGUGAGGGUUGAGGGGACUGGGCGCGGCAGUGGUAGUGUUGUGGUUGAGGGGACUGGGCGCGGCAGUGGUACGCGUUGCAGUUGGUUGAGGGGAGUGGGCGCGGCAGUGGUAGUGUUGCAGUUGGUUGAGGGGCUGGGCGCGGCAGUGGUUGAGGGGAUUGGGAGGGAAACAGGAAGAUGGGGAGGUCGUACAUUAGAGGUCAUCCGUGUGGUGAGUGUGAUUAUGGAUGUCGAACGUAUGAAGUUUGUUACUGCUGUCCCUGGUGUUGUAAAAUAUGUACAAAUGGCUGGGGUUGCAAUGGCUGUUGGUAUUAUUUCCAAAAACGCAAAGAUAGCAGAAAUCGAAAUUACCAGUGCGAUGAGAAAAGGACAUGUAAUAAGUGUCACAAAGAGACAUGUGAAUGUCGAUGCUGUCUUGAGAAACGUCCACGUGAAGAAGUUGCCGCCUCUGGUGUUCAUUCCUUAA